AUGGCAGAAACAUUUCUCUUCGACAUGGCUAAUUCACUGCUUGGGAAGGUUGCUUCUUAUGCUUGCCAAGAAGCUUCUCUAGCCUACGGUGUGUAUGAUGAUCUACAACGGUUCAGAGACUCUUUGACAAUUGUCAGUGGUUAUCUACUGGAUGCUGAGUCCAAGAAGGAUCAAAGUCAUGCUUUGCGUGAAUGGCUGAAGCAGAUUCAAAACAUUUGCUUUGAUGCUGAUGACAUAUUUGAUAGAUUUGAAACCCAACACAAGAGGAAACAAAUUGUCAAAUCCUCUGGAAGCACCCGUGUGAAGGUAAGCCACUUGUUUUCUAAAUAUAAUCCAAUUGUUUUCCUUUCUACAAUCAGACAUAAAAUGAAAGACAUCAGUGACAAAUUGGAUAAGAAAGCAGCUGACGUGAUAAUGGUUGGGCUUGGGUUUUCAAGUAUUCUAGAACCUGUGGCGCGGGAAAGAGAAUUGACUUAUCCAAUCGUUAAUGUUUCAAUUGUAAUAGGAAGGGAUAAUGAUAAAGAUGAAAUUAUCAAGCUUUUGAUGCAACCUUUUCCUCAAGGCGAUGGUGAUAAGAGCAUGUGUGUGAUUCCCAUUGUGGGAAUGGAAGGAUUAGGAAAGACCACACUUGCAAAGUUGGUGUUCAAUCAUGAAAUAGUCGAUCAGCUUUUCCAAUUGAAGUUGUGGGUGUGUGUCUCUUUUAAUUUUGACAUCAAGCAGAUAAUCAUUGAAAUCAUCAAGGCUGCCAGUACUUCAGAUUCUAAAACAGCUUCAGUUCCACCGAUGAGUCUCACUCCCCAAGAAAACAUCAACAACUUAGAUAUUGGCCAACUAACAGAUCGAAUGAGACAAAAACUUUCUAGUAAAUUUUUUUUACUUGUAAUAGAUGACAUGUGGAAUGAAGAUCCUGAAAAUUGGAUUGAGUUGGAAGAUUUGAUAAAAGCUGGCGCACCAGGAAGCAAAAUUCUGGUGACAACACGUAGUAUAUCAAUUGCCUCCAUGACGGGUAAUGUUCCCUCAUAUGAUUUAAAAGGUCUUUCUUCAACAGAUUCUUUAUCUCUAUUUGUACAAUGGGCAUUCAGGGAAGGUGAAGAAAAAAAGUAUCCAAAUCUAGUAGAGAUUGGAAAAGAAAUUGUGAAAAGGUGUCACGGAAUUCCACUAGUCCUAAAAACAUUAGCAAGUUCUCUUUUCUCAAACUUUGAUAUAAAUAAGUGGAAAUUUGUGAGGGACUCUGAGAUGUGUAAUUAUGAACAGAAAAAAAAUGAUAUUUUACCUGCCUUAAAAGAAAGUUAUGAUCAAAUGCCAUCCAUGUUAAGACAAUGUUUUGCUUAUUUUUCCCUUUAUCCCAAAGAUCAUAUCUUUAAUAGUUAUGACAUGUGUAAUCUUUGGGUAUCCCUUGGAUUAGUUCAACCCCGAAAUGGAAGUGAAAAGCUAGAGGAUACUGCAAGAAAAUAUAUUGAUGAGUUACAUUUAAGAUCAUUUGUUCAGAAUGUGGAUGACCGUGGCGCCUUUUGCAAUUUCAAAGUACAUGAUUUGAUACACGAUCUUGCAUUGUAUGUUGCAGGAGAGGACUUUGAGGCGGUAAAGUCACAAACUAGAAAUAUACCUUGGCAAGCAAGGCAUUUAUCAUUUGUUGAAGAUGAGUCAUCUGGUCAUGCUUUGUUUCCAGAGUCUAGAAGUGUGAGAAGCAUACAAUUUCCCAUCUCAGGAAUAGGUCUUGAAAGUCAAAGUUUGCUGAAUACAUGGCUGUCAAAGUACAAAUACUUGCGUUAUUUAGAUUUAAGUGACUCUUCUUUUGAAACUAUACCCAAUUCAAUUGCAAAAUUAGAGCACCUGCGUAGUCUCGAUCUUUCUUAUAAUGACAAAAUCAGAACAGUACCAUAUUCCAUUUGCGAACUACUAAAUUUGCAAGUUUUGUGGUUUCAUGGAUGCACAAAGCUUGAAAAGUUGCCCAAAGGAUUAGGAAAGUUGAUUAACCUCCGCAGUUUAACUGUCACUACAAAACAAUCUAUGCUACCACAAGAUGAAUUUUCUAGCUUGAACAAUCUUCAAUCUUUGAGAUUUUAUUUUUGUGGCAAUCUGAAGUUUUUGUUCAAACAACCACUCCCUUCUGUUGAAGAACUGUAUUUUGAAUCAUGUGGCAGCCUGGAGUGCCUACCUCUUUAUAUUUUUCCUAAAUUGAAGACAUUGUCUAUUCGUGAUUGUCAGAUGUUAAACUUGUCAUUGGACAAUGAAAACUCAAUCCAAAAGUUGAGGAUGAAACAUUUCUAUCUCUUUGAUUUUCCAAAGCUUCUAACACUCCCUCGAUGGAUUGUAUGUGCGGUGGACACUUUAGAGACCUUUGCAAUUGUCAAUUUUCCUAAUCUUCAAAUGCUUCCUGAGUAUCUUUCUACAAUGACUCGUCUAAAGAGGAUCUUUAUUAGUUUCUGUUCUCAACUCUCGACUCUUCCAAGUGAUUUGCAUCGCCUCACUGCACUUGAAGAUUUACGCAUAUUUGAUUGUCCUGAAUUGUACCGAAAAUGUCAGCCUCAUUCUGGUGAUUACUGGCCCAUGAUUUGCAAUAUUAAAACCAUUCACAUCGAAGAAGGAGAGGAGGAGGAGGAGGAGGAGGAGGAGGAGCCCUAA